CACCUAAAAUGGGUGUUAGGGAAGUUGCGAGAACACAAGUUCUAUGGAAAUGCCAUUUCUACAAAUGCGAGCUGGAAUAUCUCGGUCAUCUUUUCAGGAACAACAGACUUAAAGUCGACCCCAAAAAGGUGGUGGGUGUUCAGAAUUGGCCUGUCCCACAGGACGUGGGCCAGGUCAGGUCCUUCCUAGGCCUGGCCAAUUAUUUCCGUCGGUUCUUGGAAAACUACUCGACUGUCGUUGCCCCUCUGACAGCACUCACUCGAAAGGGUAAUGCGUGGGAGUGGACUCGACAAUGUCAAGAGGCAUUUGACGAAGUCAAAACGAAGCUGACCAAUGCUCCGGUUUUGGUAUUGCCAGAUCCUUCUAAACCCUACGAGGUGGUCACAGUCGCCUCGAUAGUAGGGAUUGGGGCGGUACUCUUGCAGGAGGGCCGUCCAGUGGCAUUUGAGAGUAGGAAGCUCUCCCCGGUAGAGGAGUGUUAUACGACAUCAGAACAAGAAUUGCUAGCGGUCGUACAUGCGCUGCGAACAUGGCGAUGUUAUCUGGAAGGUGUGGAGUUUGUGGUCACGAUAGACCACUGUCCGAACACCUAUUUCUCUACUCAAGCCACGCCCACUCGGCACCAACCCCGCUGGGCAGAACUCCUUAGUGGGUUCACAUUCGAUAUUCGAUAUCGUACAGGUUCUACGAACAUGGCUGACCCCCUCAGCAGACAGCCGAUAGGGGCAGCGACUGGGCUUGAUGAAACCGAGGAUAAGGCGGACUCCUUGGGUGAUUUGGAGGCCUCCGAAUCCGAGUCUCCUCUGUCUGCUGCGCCGCGGCGCUCCCUCAGCCGCCGCCACUCAGCGCCGCCGCCAGGGUUCCCAUUGCCGCGCCUCCCCCUCUCUGCUUCUGCCGGUAGCGGAAGCUCUGCUGGCAGCGCGCUGAGCCCGCCGCGAUGGUUGCUGGGGUUUUUCAACUCCGAGCUACUUCCCCUAAUCCAAACGAUCCUCGACUCGCUGCUUCCCGGCUUGGCCUUCUCACCCCAAGCCAAUGCCAACAAGAAAGACACCAAGGCAGAGGCCAAGGCAGCAGUGUACGGUCUCUCUCUCUCGGAACAACGGGCAGUUGAAAAUCUCUCCGCUAAAGGAGCUGGCGCUGGCACGCGGCGCGCCGCCUGGGAAACCUUCGUCCGGACAACUGCGGGCGGGCAGGGGGAGUUUUCAAUGGCGGCGUUUGAGGGGUUGUGCUUCCUGAGCAGCAGAAUCAUGGACACGCAUGCGAGCAUGUGGAAGGACGCAGGGAGGAGGCGCGUGGUGCACAGCGGGUUCUUGGAUGCCUACGAUUUCGUCAAGCCUCGCCUGAUGACGGUGCUGAAGGACAUCCUUGCCUCCACCGGGGACAAGUUCCGCAUCAUGGUCACGGGUCACAGCCUUGGGGAUGCUCUCGCCACCGUCCUCACAUACGACCUGGCCCAGUCCGACCUGAAGCAGCAGUACGGCUUCAGUCUCAGUAUGUACAACUUCGGAUCCCCCCGCGUGGGCAAUCACGCUUUUGCUUCUCGUUACAAUGAGCUCGUGGGUGAUAGCUGGCGCAUAGCCAAUGACGAGGACAUCGUGCCGCGUCUGCGGAUCAUUGAUUACAGGCACGUGGCCACAGAGGUGGUGCUCAGCCCCGACUUGCAGGCACUGGAUCAGCCCAAGUCCUCAAUUGCAAAGACUGGCCCUCGCAUGCACUACCAGCCCGCAUACUUCCUCUCCCUGCUCAAGCAAGUGCGCUUCAGCCUGAAUUAGGGACUAUAACAACGUUGACAACCUCGAAGGGUUGUGCAAGUACUGGUGUUUAAUAAAGAGUGGUGUACACUGGGCUGUAUUGGUAAAGAGUGGUGUAACACUAGGUUGGAUACGGUGCAAAUGCAGAGAUCUGUGUGUGGGGCCGUGCUGAGUGAUGGGUGGUGCUUGCGCAGUGAAUGAGCAUGAAUGCAUGAUGGGGUCUGGUGUGUAAUCCGCAUGAUAACAAUCGUGCGCGGUUGGUGGUUGGCCAGCCUGUUGUGUUUGCACGGUGAAUAAGAAUGCAUGCAUGGUAGUAUGGCAUGGUAUGGUAUGGUUCCGUAUGGUACGGUAUGGUGUACAACAGAAUGUGCUGUUGGUAUGGGGACUGGGGAGGCUGCUACCCAAUCCCUCCAGCAGAGCCCUUGGCAAGCGGGCAUCCCAGACGUAGUGCUGUGUACGGGAGCUUACUACGGUUCUAACCAGGGAUGUCUCUGCUGCAGAUCCCUUGGCACGAGUGCCAAAACUAGCAGCACAUAUGGAAAUGGGAGCUC